UUCCCGGACUGAUCGACCUCCCAUGCUCUUUCCGGCAUGAACGAAGCGCUUAUAAGUCGAGAAACUUUUGUGACCUGCAUGCCCAGCGCUCACCAGAUCAGAACUUCAGAACACCACCACGAGAGCGGCAGCGAUGGCGACGACUCCGAGAGCCACGGUUCCUCACGUCCGGAGCGACUCCGAGUCCGACGACGAAGGCCGCCGGGCGCCCAACGUCAGCGUCUUCCGCCGGCAGCGGCCGGUGCACCGGUUCCUCGGCGGCCGGAAAGUGGCGGACGUGCUGCUGUGGCGGGACCGGAACCUGUCGGCGGGCAUGCUGGCGGGGGCGACGGCGGUGUGGUUCCUGUUCGACGUGGCCGAGUACAACUUCGUGACGCUGCUCUGCCACGCCGCGCUGCUCGGGAUGCUCCUGCUCUUCCUCUGGUCCGUCACGGCGCCGCUCUUGGGCAGGGCACCGCCGCGCGUCCCGGAGGUGAUCGUGUCGGAGCACGCCUUCAGGGAGGCGGCCAUGGCGGUGCACCGCAAGCUGGAGCGCUCCGUGGCGGUGCUCUACGACAUCGCCUGCGGCAAGGACCUCAAGAAGUUCCUCUCGGUGAUUGGAUCUCUGUGGGUGGUGGCGGUGAUCGGGGACAACUGCAGCUUCACGACUCUGGUCUACGUUGGAUUCUUGUGUGCUCUGACGUUGCCGGCGCUUUACGAGAGGUACGGGACGGAGGUGGACCACCUGGUGGCCAAGGGCGGCGAGGACCUCCAGAAGUUCUACAGGAAGGUGGACGCCAACGUGCUGGACAAGAUCCCCAGAGGCCCCGUCAAGAGCAAGAGAGCGCACUUCCACUAGGGUUCAUCAAUAUAUACAUCGUGGUUGAUUUCAGGAGGUCGUGAUGGUGAUAGUGCCGGUGCGUGCGUACGGGGUUUGGUUUCAGGGGAAAUGGCAAAUGGACUCACAAAGUCUAGUUCAGUUGCGAGUCGUGGCAAAGUGUGUGUAUGUGUGUGUGUGUGUGUGUGUGUGUGUGCCUGUUAUAAACUGUUAAUUGUGCUACGGAUAUGAUGGAAGUAAUGAGAGUUGAGUUGAGUGA